AUGAAAGGCCAGAACCCCCAGACCACCACCAGAACGUUGCAACAGCAACACAAACCACCCCCACAACACACAUCAUACCCUCAACACCUACCACAACAAAACCCACCCACACAACAACAACACCCACUAACAAACAAUCACAUCCUCAGCAACCAACGGAAUACCCCACCUCCACUACAGCAACAACAACCACCAGCAACACUACACCAAGAACCCAGAUAUAGGCAGCAGAAACCCCCCACCAAUCAGAGACGCAAUCCACCUACACAACAACCACAACAAGACCAACAACGGAACACAUUCCACAGAGACCCCAGACAGACACAAAACCAAGACACAAACAACACACCCACACCUGCCUCAAACCCCAUGUCCUUCUACUCCACAUCAACUCGGAAAACACCCCUACUUCCCACCCCACCCAAUCACAUGAACACACCCCCCACCCCCAACUCCACCCGUGACGGUAGUACCAGUGCCGAAAGUCAGCACAACACCGUAGAGCAGUCACCAGAGAAAACCCACCUACCGCUCAGUAAAGACGACUUUAGGAGGGAAAUAGAGAAAAUUGUGAGGGCAAUUUUUCAACAAUUGUUUCCAAACCUAAACCUAACAGCUGACCUCAGGAAAACGAUUGUAGCACUGACACCUUAUUAA